GCGCGGCGAGUGCAGUGCGUGGGUACAGUGCGCGCUAGUACAGUGUGUGAGUGUACGCGUGCUCGUACAGUGCGCGGCUAGUACAGUGGGUGGGUACAGUGUGCGCUAGUACAGUGCGCGUGCGAGGGUGUCCACACGUGUCGCGUGAGUACAGUAGGGGUGGAGUAUCUUGUGAUCGACUACUCAGGUGGACGUCGGUGAAGUGAAGUCAUGUCGCCCACCACAGGACGCAAGCCGGAUAAUAAGCAGAAGCGCGGGGCCAAGCGCAGCCGGGAGACGGACGCCUCGGAGGAGGAGGAGGCGGCGGCGCUCAGAGGCCCGGCCAAGGCCCCCCGGGGCCGUGGGGGUUCGAGGGCCCGAGGGUCUGAGGCCAGAGGACGAGGGAAGGCCCGGGCGGGAGGACCCGGAGAGAAGGCCUUCCCCAAAACGUCUUCGCUCUUCAAAAACAAUCCCAGCAUCCCCAGUGUGGAGAGGCCCGUGGUGUCGCAGCGCAAGGAGGCUGUGUUCGCCGGCAACGCGUUUUCAACGCUGGACCUCCACCCGUACCUGGUGUCCACCCUGGACAAGCAGAUGAAGCUCACCCAGAUGACCAUGGUGCAGACGAAGGCCAUCCCAGUGCUGCUGCAGGGACGGGACGCUCUCGUGAAGUCACAGACAGGAUCAGGAAAGACGCUGGCCUACGCGGUUCCCCUGGUGCAAGCCCUGCAGGCCGCGCAGCCCAAGAUCACGAGAGCGGACGGUCCCUACGCGCUGAUCAUCGUCCCCACCAGAGAGCUUGCCAUGCAGAGCUUCAAUGCUGUCCAGCAGCUGCUCAAGCCGUUCUCGUGGGUGGUGCCGGGCGUGCUGAUGGGCGGAGAGAAGCGCAAGUCGGAGAAGGCCAGGCUGCGCAAGGGGAUCAACGUGCUGGUGGCAACGCCGGGGCGCCUCGUCGACCACAUCCACCACACGGAGACGCUCUCCUUCGCCCGGGUCGCCCACCUGGUGCUCGAUGAGGCCGACAGGCUACUGGACCUGGGCUUUGAGAAGGAUCUGACCAUCAUUCUCAACCGUCUCGAGGAGCAGAGUCCCGCUCACCAGAACGUGCUGCUGUCAGCCACGCUGAACCAGGGGGUCACGUGGCUGGCCGGCAUCCUCCUGGACGACCCCGUGAGCGUAACCGUGGAAACGCACGCGGGCGAGGUCGUUGCCGCGACGACGAACGGUGGGGCCCAUCGGACGGGGGCGGCCGUGGAGGCGGACGAGGACGGGGAGGAAGAGGAGGAAGAGGAGGAGCAGGAGGAGGGAAAGAAAGAGGUGGCAGGGAGGGAGGAGGGACCAACGAAGAUCUCGCUGCCACCCGGGCUCACUCAGCACUUUAUCGCGGUGCCCAGCAAACUGCGCCUCGUCACGCUCACCUCGUUCAUCCUCACCAAGUGCCGGGACGAGGCCAAGCUCGUGGUGUUCGUGUCGAGCCGCGAGGCCGCCGAGUUCCACUUCACGGUGCUCAGCCACCGUCUCGGAGGAGGAGGUGAUGAUGCUGACGAGGAGAACGAGGAGGGGGGGGGGAAGGAGCCCCCGAGGGUCGCCCUGUGGCGUCUCCACGGCAGCGUGGAUCAGCAGGAGCGGAUGGAGGUGUUCGACUCGUUCUGCAAGGCUCGCUCCGGGGUGCUCGUGUGCACGGACGUUGCGGCGCGAGGAUUGGACCUCCCGCGGGUAUCGUGGAUCAUACAGUACAUGGCCCCGGCGAGCGUGGAGGAGUACGUUCACCGCGUGGGCCGCACGGCGCGCAUCGGCCACCGCGGCAGCAGCGUCCUCUUCCUGGCGCCGUCCGAGCUCGAGUUCCUCACCGUGCUGGCGGAGCGCGGCAUCAGCCUGCGGGAGCUCAAGAUGGAGACGGUGUUGAGGACUCUGCUGGGGAACUCUGGCGGCCGGGCCAAGCGGGGUAAGUGGGAGGCGGCGCAGCUGAGGCAGGCUGCACACGAGAAGGCCACCGAGAUGCAGCUGCAGUUUGAGAGCUUCACCCACUCCAGCCCCGAGCACCUGCAGCUCGCUAAGAAAGCGUACCAGUCGUACGUGCGCGCGUACGCCACCUACCCCGCGUCGCUCAAGCACGUGUUCCACGUGCGCUCGCUGCACCUGGGCCACGCGGCCAAGAGCUUCGGGCUCAGGGAAGCGCCCGGUCAGCUGGUGGCGGGGAAGCAGGGCGGGGCGGGGGGACGGCGGGCAGCGGGGACGCGCGCGAACAGGCCGGCGACGAAAGCAAAGCCGAAGCGGCACACCGCCUUCAAGGAGCUCAUCCUCUCCGAGUUUGCCAGCGGGCUGUGAGCGGGGGAGAGGGGUUGCGCAUGUUGCAGCGUGCGCGCGCGUGUGUCAGGUGUCGUUGAGGAGGCUCGUGAAGGGACGCUGCUGGGCAGUGGGAGGCAGUCGCCUUCCAGCAACAGCGGAGGGCAGAGGAGCGACGCUCACAACAACGAGCGGAGCGCCGGGCGGAUAAAACAGAGUUGACACAGUAGGGGGAGCACACGGGUGGUGCAUCUGCCGGCCGUCUCAGUCAGCCAGCCCAUGGCACCUGGGUUCGUGACCUCCUGCCAGCAGCGAGCCUUCGACACUUCACGUGGCCUCAAAGUGCACCUGGCCUGGCACAGGUGCCGUGGUGACGUCACCAUCACUUAGUGGCGAAUGGCGGGUAUUGAUAUUGGUCGGGUGUCGGGAGCGGUGGCGCAGCGGUUAGCGUGCCCCACUACGAACCCGGCGACCCGCGUUCGAUCGCCGCUCACGGCUACCACCAACAGCAGAGUGACGAUUAUCUUCACCGGUCCUUGGCCUCCCCCUAGGUCCACUCAGUCUCAAACGAGUAGCUGGUGCGGCGUGCAGUAAACAUCGUCGCUGGGAAGACAAAGGUGGCUGGGCGUGCGUGGUGCCGGCCACCUAUCCCCUUGUGCGCCGUGCCGACCUUCAUAGGGUGCUGCUACUUCGCGAACGGCACUUGCACCAACAGCCUAUUAGAGUCUACACGGGGGAUCUUUGUCUUCGGUGUCAGGGGUAAUUGGGGAAACUUGCGUUAAAAGCCUUCGGAGUGAAAUUGUGGAGUAAUUGGCGUUGGUUUGGGCGCUUCCUUCCCUUCCUUACGUUUAAAAGCCUCUCCGCGUCACGUGCUGGAAACGCGAUUCUGCGUCUGCGUGUCCUGGCAUGUGGUGGAGCGAGAUUGGGGGGACAAGGGGGGGAAGCGGGGGGCGCGGUGGUGGAUCUUUGCAACGUUAGCUACUAUGGUGAUAAAGACGUUCAACAAAGUUCAAACCGGGAGGGGGUGGGACGCCGCCCCCCCUUCGUUCGAAUGUCUCCGCGCAGGUUCUUAACGCCUAACAAGCCUCCGCACGCUUGGUUAAAAACCAAAACGUAUACGAAACCACUUAAAUUAGUCGUUGGUGUGAGUUUUUUUGUAUUGACGGUGAAUUUAAGUGUAUAUAUGUUUGUGUAUUUUUAUCGUAAAAAAAAAUACAACGGUGUUUUCUCCGUGGAAGAAGAUAGAGAAGCGCCUUCUCAGAUGGGGGGCAUGACCGCCACUGUACCCCCUUGACCUUCCCGUCUUCCGUCGUGGGUGCCCCCCCCGCGCCUCGAUCUACGUGUCUCCAGUGCCCCCCCCCCCCCCCACGUGUCAAUUUAAGUCCGUCGUGAUUGCCCUGCGAGCGAGUCGGUGAGCGAGCGAAUGAGCUCGUGCCAUACGUCGUGAUUGCCCUGCGAGUGAGAGAGUGAGUGAGCGAAUGAGCAAGCGAGUCAGCCGGUGUCGCACGUCGUGAACACUCCGUGAGCGAGUAAGAGAGCGAGUGACCGGGCCAAUCUAAUGUAAUCUUCUUCGAUAAGUUAUACAACACAUUGAGUCGGUCGGUCGUGCUUAUGUCCCGAUGGCGGGGCUGACUUUGUAUUGUGCUUUUAAAACGUUUCAUAAACGAUGGAUGAGGACCA